AUGCUGGUGUUAUUCGAAACCGCGGCGGGUUAUGCCAUGUUUAAACUGUUAAGCGACAAGAAAUUGAAAAAUGUUGAUAAUAUAUACGAAGAAUUUAGCACGGCAGAAAAAGCCCAAGAAAGUUUGCAAUUGGUGGCAUUUAAAAAGUUCAAAAGCACAACGGAAGCCGUUGAAAGUGCGUGUGCAAUACAUGAAGGAAAAAUCAACAAAACUUUGAAGAAAUUGCUAAAAGGAAAAGUUACUGAAAAUGAACAACUUGCUGUGGGCGACGCCAAGUUGGGAAACUUGAUCAAGGAGAAACUAGAUGUUCCAUGUGUACAUACUCCUGCAGUAGCCGAACUUAUGCGUAGUAUUCGUGCGAAUAUCGAGUCAUUACUAGAUGAACACAAGACAGAGUUAAACGCUAUGAAUUUGGCCGUAGCUCAUUCUCUUGGAAGGUACAAAGUGAAAUUCAAUCCUGAGAAAAUAGACACGAUGAUUGUGCAGGCAGUGUCUCUUUUGGACGACUUGGACAAGGAGUUGAAUAAUUAUGUAAUGCGAUGCCGAGAGUGGUAUGGAUGGCAUUUUCCUGAAUUAGGGAAGAUAAUUCAAGAUCACCAGGCUUUUGCUAAGGUGAUUAAAGCCAUUGGUAUGCGGCAAAAUGCAAUAAAUGUGGAUCUUUCUGCUGUUCUACCUGAGGAAUUAGAAGAGAAGGUUAAAGAGGAAGCCGAAAUAUCGAUGGGCACCGAUAUAUCUGAACUGGAUCUCAUCCAUAUCAGUGGCUUGUGUGACCAAAUUAUCGAACUUUCUCAGUACAGAGCUCAACUUUUUGACUAUCUUAAAAAUCGGAUGACUGCAUUGGCACCGAACCUAACCUGCCUUCUGGGUGAACUUGUAGGAGCGCGGCUCAUCUCCCACGCUGGAUCUCUUGUUUCAUUAGCCAAAGCACCCGCAUCUACAGUUCAAAUUCUUGGAGCUGAAAAGGCUCUGUUUCGUGCUCUCAAAACUAAGAAAGAUACUCCUAAGUAUGGUCUAAUAUAUCAUGCUCAAUUGAUCACCCAAGCUCCUGCGAAGUUGAAGGGAAAGGCUCUGUUCCGUGCUUUGAAAACUAAGAAAGAUACUCCUAAGUAUGGCCUGAUAUAUCACGCUCAAUUGAUCACCCAAGCUCCUGCGAAGUUGAAGGGAAAGAUGGCUCGCAAAUUAGCCGCGAAAUGUGCUCUUGCAACCCGUAUCGAUGCCUUGGCAGAUGAGUCAAAGGGAGCAGAGAUAGGCAUGGAAUGCAGAGCUGGGUUGGAAGCUGUGCUUCGUGGGGAACAAGAACGUGGGCCGAAAAGAAUAAGUGGCGGUUCUCACAAACACGAAAAGUAUCACUUCAAAAGCGAGACAUAUGAGUACGACGCUACCAACGAUGUUCCAAAGAAACCCGUUAAACGGCGGUUUGAGGACGAGGAGGAGGAGCCGUCAUCGAAAAAGAUUAAGGUGGAAGAGGAAGGCGAAGAAGCUGUCGCGGUUCCGAAAUCUGAAAAAAAGAAAAAGAAGAAGGAUAAGAAGGUGAAAAAAGAAGCAGCAGAGGAGGAAGUAGAAGUAGAGGAGUAA